CACCCCGGUCAACCUAGCCGUGUCGCUGGGAAACCUUGAUCUUCGGUGGUCUUAACUUUGAUCCGCUUUACCUCUCUGGCCCCUUGCCAACUAGGUUCGAACCUUCAACAAAGGCAAACAAUGGUCAACGGCACCACCACGGUGUUGGAGCCCACCUUUAUGGGAUAUGUCGCAACAACACAAGAUGCGUUGAUUCUAUUCGAGGCCUGUCUGACUGGUGUGCUGCACCAUGUCCCCCGACGUCCGCACGAUCGGGAACGGAGUCAUUUAGUCCGCAGCGGCAGUGUCUUCAUCUACGAAGAGAAUUCGUCGGGGAUCAAGCGGUGGACGGAUGGUGUGACCUGGAGUCCCAGUCGUAUCCUGGGCAACUUCUUGGUGUAUCGAGAGCUGGAGAAGCCCUUCCCUCCAGGCGAGAAGAAGCGAGCGAUGAAGAAGGCCAAUCGACGUCCGGUACCGUCAACGCGACCGGGUGAGCCGUAUCCGCGGCAUGAUAGCAACGGAGGGUAUUCGCCGUCUUCAACAACCGGGCCCUUUGGCGAUAGACCGCAUCAAUCCGACGUGGAACGGGCGCUGGUCGGCUCGCUGGUGGAUUCGUAUGGCUUCAAGGAUUCUGGGUUGGUGAAGAAGACAAUGAGCGUGACGGUGUCGGGCGUGACGCACCACCUAGUGUCUUAUUACAGCGUGGAGGAUGUGACCCGGGGAAUGCUGAGCCCCCCGUCGAUGGUCGAGUCGUUGAGAUACAUCCGGCCUCGGGCAGAACUAACGCAGAAGCAAAGCUUUCGGGCCCCAAUUGACGAUAUGGAUACGGGAGGGUUAGAGAAUCCGAAUGACCCGUCGCAUGGUUUGUACGGAUAUCGACCUCACCUGGUAGCGCCUACAGGCUAUGCGAUGCCGAACCCUCACCCUGAAUUCUACAUGCACGCGACUCCUUACGCGGCGACUCAUCCGCCACAAUCUACGCCGAUUCCUGGAUAUUCGAUGGGAGGCUCGAUUCCGGCACCAUCCGCCCCUAAUCCAUAUCUCCCUGCACCCUCCGCUCCUACUGCAAUGCCCCCGAAACCGGAGGACUACACGCAAUUCAGACAGCCCUCGUAUGGCACCAGUUAUGACGCAAUGGGUCACAAUCCUCUGUCCUCGUCGAUCCCAUCAGCUCUAAACACGGCCAUGCCCAGUUCCUUGAGCGAUCGCAACCGUUCCCACUCUGACCACAGUCCUUCAGCCUACCGUAACUCGUCGAUUUCCUCACGCAGCGUCGCAACGGAUGCCACGUCACCCAUCGACCCGUCGACUCCUGCUACAUACUCUCGGGGCGGGAGCUUCAGCCUGGGACCGCUAGACGGAGUGCACCAGCACCUGGAACAGCGAGGGCUGGGAGGAUAUGAUUCAGGUAUCUCGCGUCGUGAAUCCAAUCCCAUUCCUACACCUUAUUACACGGGCGGGGACCGACACCAAUAUUACGUGGGGGCCACGGCCCCGGGCGCACAUGCCGGGUAUCCCGUUUCGACGUGGACCACGGCAGCCCCCGCGCAACCUCAGAUUUGAUUCUUAUCUUUUCUUUGUCUCCUGUUGUAUUCGCUCGUUUAGCCUUCACUUCUCCCGAACCCACUUUCUUCUUAUAAGUCUUUUUUUUUUAUUCUCCAGAAGGGCGGCAAUUUGGGAAUAGACUAUGCAUAUAUGCUGUGGAUGAUUACCCGGAUGAAGAACUCGCUCUAGAGGAGGUAUGGGUGGC